AUGAGCUGGAUAUCAUCGAUAGAGCAGGUCAAACCGUUGCUAGAAAUCAACUCUUCCACGAAAUCUGGUUCACUUACAGCGACUUUCAAAUGCGAGUCUUGCGACUACGCCGCCAGCCAAAAGAAGGACCUCGAGGCCCACGUGCAAUCAGUGCACGAGAAUUCGAAACUUUUCAAGUGUACCUUAUGCGACUACUCUUGCAAUCGUAAAAAUUAUCUUGACCAACACACCAAUUCCGUCCAUUUGAAGCUAUACCAGUACAAGUGUCCAGAAUGCGUGUAUUCUACAAACAGGAGGCACCAUCUGGACAGGCACAUCCAGUCGGUUCAUUCAAACGCGAAGGAAUUUCAGUGUCCCUUAUGCGAGCACGCGACAAAUCAAAAGGGCAAUCUUAAAAUCCACAUGGAUGCUGUUCACUCGAAAGCAAACCUGUUCAAGUGUCAUAUAUGCGAUUUUUGCACGGCAUAUAACACCGAACUCGUAGGGCAUAUAGAUUCAAUUCAUUUCAACGAGAAAAAACAUGAGUGUGCAUUUUGCGAUUAUAGAACGAAUAGGAUUGGAGAUCUCAGAAAACAUGUAAAUUCCGUUCAUUCAACCUCGCAAAAUACUAUAAAGUGUCAGUCGUGUGAUUAUACGACCAAUUGUUCACGGAAUCUUAAGAGGCAUACAGAUACCGUACAUCAGGAAUACAAACCGUAUAAAUGUGAAAUUUGCAAUUAUGCCACAGCUCACAAAAAUAAUCUCAAAAAUCAUGUGAAUUCUGCUCAUAAGUGUCACUUAUGCGACUUUACCGCAGAUCAUGACGAUGAUUUAGGAAGGCAUUUCGGCACUGUUCAUCCUGAUUUAGAGCUGUUUAAGUGUGAUUUGUGUAAAUAUGUCGCAACUAGGAAAAACCAUCUAAAACGACAUUUACUUUCUUUCCACCCACAAAUAUGACAUUUUAAUAUAACA